AUGACUGCCCCAUUCCAUCCAUUUCGUUCUUCAGUUCAAACCCCUUCGCUGUCGGUACCUCGUGCUCAAGGAUCGACGAGUUCGCCUGCUCAAGCAACGGCGAGUUCGCCUACUCCAGCACCGUCUCCUUCUACGAAUGCUCCAGCAAACCCAAAUAAUUCCCUCUACUGGCCGCGCGAUAUCUUUGGCCCUGCACCUCCGCUACUAGUGAACGACUCCAAUGUUAUACCGAGAGCACCGAUACAGUCAUCUGCUCAAGCACCGUCCCCGUCUAGUUUUAUGAAUGCUUCGGCAGCGAAACCAAACCCAGGUUAUGUACCAGGGACUGAUAGGCCAACAUCAGACCUGGUAUCAUUUCUUAGUAGUCCCCCCCGCCCUGUUUAUCUACCAGUGCCAACUCCACCCAGGCCAGAGGCUACUACGGAUAAUGGAAGGCGAGUAAACCCAGUUACUCACCUUACUCAAGCACCGCCUUCACUCGUACCGGCUCCUAUGCCUCUUUUUCAUCCGAAUUUUGUGCCUCCUACGGGUACUUUAGCAAAACCGCUACAUCCCACCCAGACGCUGCUUCUGCCUCGACCAAACCCACAACCGACAAAACCUGUGACGAAACCCGCUGGCUCAGCCUUCUCAUUCCCGCCCGUCAUACGCGAGACCGUUACACUUCAUGAAUGGGGAGAUGUCACACUCAUUGUUGGCGAGCGGAAGAGGCGUGUCCUUGUCUCGAGCAGUAUGAUGAGGCGUGCCAGUCCGGUGUGGCGAGCCAUGUUCAGCAAGAACUGGAUCGAGGGCAGCGCGAGUGAGGUGGAAUUCCCGGAUGACAACGAAGAUGCCAUGCUGCUGGUUUUGCGAAUUGCGCAUUUGCACUUCUCGGAGAUUCCUGCCAAAGGCGCGAUGUGGUUUGGUAAUCUUGUUCAACUAGCUGUCGUAUGCGAUAAAUACGAUCUUGUCGGACUUGUCAGGCCGUUCGUUGACCUCCACGGUUGGGUCAGGACUAUGGAGCCUCACUUGCUCGACAAAGGUCGUGAAGAGAUGCUCUUCGUAUCGUGGACGUUCGGCUACCUCGACCAUUUCGAAAGAUUGGCUAAACACCUAGCGAUGACGAUUCGCAUUCAACGUGUGCCCUAUGGGGUGGGACAGGAGUCCAUUCAGUCCAGUAUUUCGGAGUUGAAUCUUCCCCCUGAUAUUGCUGGUAGUAUUCUCGAUCUGCGAAACGACACGAUUGAUGAGCUUCUUGAAAUGAGCUACAAGCUGCUGCAAGACGUCCGGACAAAGUAUAGGUGCAAGGCCGGAGCAUGCACCAUAGAGCGAGAUGACGGCCUGAUAAAUUUGAUCGUCUACACCAAAUCCCCCUCUGAAUACACUCCGGCAUGCAAUGCAAUCGUCUUGGGCAGUCUGAUCAAGGGUCUUGACAGUCUCUACCUCUCCAUGGGUAGAAAAGUACGUGGACGACUCCUGGACCAUUCGUCUUACACUGGGAGCGUCUCCGAUUUGUACGAGCAUUUCAAGAGGCUCAAAAUUCAUCAUUUGGAACUGGGCAAUGCACAAGCCAUAGGAAGCAUAAUCAACGGAAGAGCGAACCUCAUCAUUGAUGGCAAGUCUAUCUCCGGCGCCGAGUGCCGACACUACAACAUGAAACCAGGCGGCCACGAGAAGUGUGCCCAGAGUGUGAAUCUGGUAGAGCGCGCGGGGUCGAUCAUUGCCAAGAUGAGGUCGCCUGUUCUCGACUCGCACAGAGAGCACAUUGCAAUCCAGGCCAAGAAGUGA